CCGCCCUCUCCUUUUCCAGGCUGCAGUGAAACUCCGGUGAAACUCCCGGGCGCCGACAAGGGAGGAGGUGGAAAGUUCUUGUGUCGCUGCCGCGGCGAUCCAGAGAAGCCCUGCUUGCGGAUAUGGGGCGCCUCUGCCAGCCUUGGCUGGGGGUCCUGGUCUUGGGAGGAACUCUGGCCGUCGCCUCUGCUACAGUGACAAACCAAACUGGCAUUUCAAAAGGAGGAAGAAGUUUUAUUGGUCAUAAAAGCAAUUCAACAAAUAAAGAUGCAUACAACAUAGAUGACUUUGCAACCAAAAUCCUUACAGGGAAACUGACUACAAUUUUCCUUCCUGUGAUCUACAUUAUAGUCUUCAUCAUUGGCUUGCCCAGCAAUGUCUUGGCUCUGUGGGUUUUCUUCUUCAGAACAAAGAAGAAGCAUCCUGCGGUGAUCUAUAUGGCUAAUUUGGCUCUGGCAGAUCUCCUUUUCGUAAUCUGGUUCCCUCUGAAAAUUGCGUACCAUAUUAAUGGCAACAACUGGAUCUAUGGGGAAGUCCUGUGCAAAAUACUUGUUGGGUUCUUUUAUGGAAACAUGUACUGCUCCAUUCUUUUUAUGACAUGCCUCAGCGUGCAAAGGUAUUGGGUAAUUGCAAACCCCAUACUGCACUCAAGAAAGAAUUCAGAAAUUGCUAUGAAAGUUUCAGCUGCAGUAUGGAUAGUGCUACUGCUUGGCACAGUGCCACUAUAUCUUAUUAAACAAACUGUUUAUAUUUCUAACCUUAACAUCACCACAUGUCAUGAUGUCUUGCCUCAGUCUGUGUUGGCCAGUGACAUGUUUAACUACUUCCUUUCCCUGGCUAUUGGGGUCUUUUUAUUCCCAGCUAUUCUCACAACUGGGGCUUACAUUCUCAUGAUAAAGACUCUUAAUGCUUCCAUUAGAGAUGUAACGAUUGGGAAGAAAAGGAAAAGAGCCAUCAAGCUUAUCAUUACAGUGCUUUCUAUGUACUUGAUCUGUUUCGUGCCUAGCAAUAUUCUACUGGUGGUCCAUUAUGCCCAGAUCAAAACCAAUGGUUUCAGUAAUGUGUAUGCAUCAUAUAUUACAGCCCUUUGCCUUUCUGCUCUAAACAGCUGCAUCGAUCCAUUUAUCUACUACUUCAUUUCAAAAGACUUUAGGGAUCAUUUAAAAAAUGCCCUCCUCUGUCGAAGUGUGCGCACCACCAAGAGGAUGCAAGUCUCCCUCUCUUCAAACAGAUACCCAAGAAAAUCCCCCUCUUAUUCCUCUAGUUCAAACACAACUAAGUCAACUUAUUAAAUUUGUGCGUAUGACACAGGAUUUCCAUGGACAGAACAUGAAACUGAACUCCAGUAACAUUUAAUAAACAAAUGUUUACAGCUGGUAGACCUACUUUCCAUACAAAAUCAUAUGGACAAGCGUGUUCUUUACAAAGGGAAAAAUCAAAGCGGCAGCCUGGUAUGGACAAUAUAUGUGAGUUUGGGUUUAGACCAAUACAAGACAGAAUUGUUUUUAUAAGUGAUUAGCAGGUGUGCAAAGAAGUUUUCUAUAUUCGUGUUAAUCAAACAGGCAUCUUGCAUCCAGGCGCAAGUGGUAGUCAUAACUAAUAUUAACUAGUUUGAGAUUUUAGACAUCUUCUGUUUUAUAACAGAAGGAACUGUAGAAGAACAUAUAUGAGUAAUUGUAUGUGUUUGCCAAACCUGUCUUUUCCUAAUCCAGGAACUGUGAAAUCCCUGGAAUACUGUAUUAUUAAUAUAACAGUGACUGUUCUUUGCACUAAUAUACCUUUAUUUUAACUAUGCUGUGAAUAUGCAAAGUUUCCAGUAAUGUAGCAUGUAAUUGUAGGUUUAUUGCAAUAUUUUAAAUGUUUUUAAUUAAAGAAACACUUUUAUAUACUUAUUUGAGUUUAUUUAGAUUGAUAGGAAAUGUAUGAAAUUUGCUUUCACUUUACCAAAUUUUCUUCAUGUGAAAGUUCCAUUUUCUUCUCACUGGCUCCAAAUGAAAUAAAGAUUUAAGAAGCACA